CACAGUAACUAUAGUACGUAUAUGUAUACUAUAACCAUUCUGAUUCUUCAUUCGCCUUGGAUCAACAGAGUAUUACGCAUCCAAGUUAUUUGCGAAGCGUGAGUUAAAUACUUUGCGUCGAAAAAAAGUGUACGAUAUUUUUAUUUUUUUAAGACUGCAUCUUUAACAGUAAACUUGGUAUUUAUCAUGGAAGCAUACGCACGUGCCCCAGAUCCUUUAACAAUAGCUGAUGACAUGGUCAGUAAUUGGCAUAGUUGGAAAGAAGAUUUUAUUAUAUUUAUGAAAGUGACUGGAUAUAUCAAUAAACCCAAUGAUAUUCGUGCAAAUCUCUUGAAAAAUCGGAUUGGAAAAAUUGGUAUUGACGCAAUUCAAAAAAUGUCCUUUGACAAGCCAGAAGAUAAAGAUGACAUGGAUAUAUUAAUCGCAAAACUGGAAGAAUUCUUUAAUCCACCAAAAAAUGAGGCAUACGAACGAUACCAAUUCUUUACAAGAGACAAAAAACAAAACGAAACCAUUGAACAGUACAUAAAUAUCUUAAAAGAUAAAGCCAAAACCUGCAAUUUCAAUGAAUUGACGGAUAGUAUUAUACGAGACAAAAUCAUUCUUAAUACUCAAGACAAGAUACUUCGCAAAAAAUUUUUUGAAGCAAACAAGUUAAAUUUGCAGCAACUGGUAGCAAUUUAUAAUGAUUAUAAUAUUAAUAUAGAAAAGAUGAAACAAGUUACUAAAGAAACUACAGAAUCUACAAAAGCUCCAUACAAGGUUGACACUACAAGCUCCACACAGAAGCUGCCAAUUAAUAAUAUUGCAAAGAAAAAAUGUUGGAGAUGUAAUACUCAACAUCCACAAGGAAAAUGUCCUGCUUGGGGGUCUAAAUGUACAAAAUGUGGUGAUGUAAAUCAUUUUACACAAUGUUGCCAAGGUCCUAAACCUAAAGCAAAACCGAAUGUAAAGAUAAACAAUUUAUUGGAUCCAAUGGAACAAGUAAACAUGUUAAUGCAAGAAACUGUUUCAAAGAAUAACAAUCACGGGAGGAAUCAGACAAAUUCUGCAGCUAAAGAUAUGGAUCCAAUGAAUAAAAUGAUUAGUUUUCCAGAUAUUCCGACAGUACCUUGUAGUACUACAAAUUCAGCUUCCAACAAUGAUACAGAUUUUGUAAUGCUGAAUGCAUAUCCAGGUCCAAGUUUACGUUUUAAUAAUACCACAAGUCAACCGACAUAUAUUUCUAAGAAUACACAAUAUAAUGAUUCACGUAUGAAGGAAGCUGCACCAACGAAAAUACAAGCAGGCUCUUCUCAAAUAAUGUCAACGCCAAAUAAUAAUUUCCAAAGUGUUUUAACACAAAGAGUAUACACACCGCAAAACGCACCAUUUAGAUAUAAUCAAAAGAAGAAAGUUGACCAAGAUAGUUGUGUACUGUCUUAAAUCUUUUAAUCUUUCAGUUAAUUGUUUUAUGGAUGUAUUUUGUAGAAUGGUAGCAAAUAGUAACAAUUUCUGUUAGUCUCCCAGUUAUAUGAUUGUUACACAGAACCGUUAUCUUAUAAUCGGGAUAUGAACGUGUUCAUUUUUCAAAAACGAUCUUUUAAAUUUGGUCGGCUUAUUUAGACGUAAGUGAGAUAAGAACAAGAGCGAUAUUUAGAAAUUUGAUGUUCUUUUAUCUAGAUGUAAAAAAAUAAUAUGUAUAAUUCACGAUCUUGCAAUUGAAACGAAAA